UGUGACCAUCGCAGGGCCUGCUCCUUGCUCCAUGGUCCCCUGAGCCUGCGAAGGCCACCUGGGCAACGACCCAGCCUUCCAGUUUCUCCUUCCCGCUGGGUCGGGAGGUGGGCCCAAGGCUCACUAAGGGCCCUGGUCUGGGGUUUCCCUGGAAGCUCCUGGUAACAAACAGCCCCUCCCCUUCUGGGUGCUGGUAUCCAUGGCAACACUCUAGAGCCUUUCUUUCCCUAGGCCCACUUGGAUUUCAGGCCUCAGGAGAGUGUUUGGGGUAAGGCCCUGGGCCUGGGGGCAUCACAGGCAAAGGACCAGUCCCUCUGGGGACUCUUGCUCUAGGUUGAGGGAUAGGACCUCAGGUCCUAGAAGGCAGGGGUGAUGGGGAUGACAACAGGAAAUGUCCACUCAGGUGACAUGUUGCCUGGGGGUGACCUGCUUGCUGCCUUGUCCUGGUCAGAAAUAUACAGAUGUGGGCACACAUGUGACCAGCAGUCUAGUGUUCUGUGGGGUAUGUGCACACGCAUGCAAACACACAUGGUGUGGUGCUGUCUAGGGCUGUUAGACUUACACACACACGCAUGGCCUUCUAAGGAGAGCCCCGCAGGCGUAGCCAAACAGAGGACACAAGGAUGACAGCCCUACCGUCUCUCGCAGCUCCCCCAGGAACACCGAGAAUGGCGCCUGAGUCUUGCCAAGAGGAUGAAGGAGCCGAGAAAAAGGCUCCCUUAUCCCAGGUGGACCAAGAGCCGGUCCGCGCCCACCUGGAGCCUCCUGUGGGCACACCUCAAGAGCCGGGGGGUCCCACAUGCACACAGGACACCAAGCCCAGCUCUACACGGGUGGUCUUCUCCGUCAACCUACAGUUGGCCCCUGAGUCUCUAGACACUCGCACCUUGCGGCUGCUGUGGGGCCAACGGGAGCUGGAGAUCCAGGCUCUGCGGUGGGCUGUCCAGAACCGCCAGGAUGCCCGGCACUGCCACGUCCUGCGUGAGGUGGCUGGACUUCCACCUGAGAGGAGUGCACGUAAUCAGGAAAAGUUCCUGCAAAAUCAGGUCCAAAAGCUGACUCUGGACUUGAAAAAGCAGAAGGAACAGGCCCAGCUGGUGAGGGGCAGGAGGGACCAGGGAGUCGGGGAGGGGACCCAAGCUGGGGUGAGGGGCAAGGCCCAGGUAGGGGUUGGCCUUGGGGGGUCAGCAGCUGGAGAAGACCCUGCGCACCUAUGCACUCUCCGGGAGCAGGAGAAGACCCAGCUGGAGGAACGUCUGCUGCAGACCGCGACCACCAUGCAGCAGCUGGAGGCUGAGCUGCAGGCCUUCCAGAAGUCCUGCCUCCUGCAGCUGGCCCGCUCCUCCUGGGUGGGGCGCAUACUGCGCUCCUCCACCGGCAGUGUGGAGGUGGUCACUGCAGAAACCCUGAUGGACUUCAACGACGUCUCUGAGAGUGAACAGGGCCCCUCCACUGGGGAGGGUUUCCGGCUGGAGGACGUGGACUGGAACAGCAUUGCCCAGCGGUAUCCCAACCUCUUCAGCAACAUGGAGUCCAGCUCAGACCCGAAGCACCCACGGCCCCUGCCACCCCCAAAGGCCCCACUGUCGAGCGAGUGGAGCUCGGAGCUGCGCAGAUCGGGGACAGAGCAGCGUCUCAAGAGUGUCGAGUGGAGUUCCCUGCCCUUCAAGGGCACGAGCAGCUCCGGGGGCGCGGACUCCGACUCCAGCAGUGGCCAGCUGGCUGAGUGUUAUUGUGUGCGGAAGGUGACAGGGCACCCCCCGUGUGCGCCAAGCCGUGAGGAGCUAACGGUGGCCAGCUCCAGGAGCCUCAGCAGGGAAAUGCAGGCACAGUCUGGAGGAGAUGUCCACAGUGCGUGCAGUGUACGGGGUGCCCCUUCCAACAGGUCUUUUCCUGGAUCUCAGGAUGGCUCAGCGGGACCAGCCAGCCCAGGGUGUUCCUGCCUGAAGAUUGUGGCAGUCAGUGCCCGGGAGAGGUUCGUGCGUGUCCUCAACCAGUCGCCGGAGGAGACCGCGGACCUGGGUGGCCUCACGCUGCAGCAGCGGGAACGCGGCUUUCCUGUGUGCAUGUACCGCUUCCCACCCCGCACGCUGCUGCCUCCGCGCCACCACGUCACGGUUUGGGGCGAGGGGCCCCGCAGCAUGAAGAAGCACCUGCCCUCGUCCUUGGGCCAGGAGCCCGUGCACUUCCACUCUAGCCGGGGCUGUGUGACUCUCCUCCUGAACCCCAAGGGCGAGGUCCUGAGCGAGCAUCGGGCCGCCCACUGCGUGUCCCCCGCCUCGAGGAUCUUCGCUGACAACACCGAUUUGUCCAUAGACCGCUUCCCGCUCUCAGAGGCCGGGCUGGUGGCUGACACCGGCACGCAGAGGCCCGGCCCUCGGCAGCUGCGGGCAGGCAGGGUGCAGGAGGCCCCGGCCAGACGGCGGAGGCCCACGUGGGCUCCGCGGGUCCCUGCUUCCCCAGGUCCCGGCCUCUCCAGGCUCCGCAGCCCCCCACCCCCACCCCUUCCCGCAGGCGGGCUUCGGAUCUCACGAGCCCCUCGCCCCACCAGGACGCGAGGCCUCUUCCCCCGGCUGAGCGCCAGCAAGACCUUCCGCCCGCGGGCGGUGCCAGCGCCGUCCGCCGAGGCGCCGGCGCCGGAGCUCCUGCCCACCAUCCCCGAGGCCGGGCUGCGCCUCGAGGACUGCCAGGCUAGGAAGGAGCCCGGGGUCCGGGUGUGCUGCAAGGGCGUGGACCGGGGCUGCCCAAUGGUGGCGUUGUCGGUGCAGAGCGCGGCUGAGAGCAGAUACGGCUUCCGCUUCCUCCCCUGCCCGCCGGUCACCGCCGCCGGGAGAGCGCGGCUGUAGGCUGCGCCGGCGGACGCCGGGGCUGAGGGGGCGGCGCUGGGAGAGAGGCGGGGGAGGCGGGCCGUGCUGGCGGCAGCGUUUAUUGAGCCAACGUCGCCUACGAAGUAAAGCGCAUUCAUAUA